GAAGGCCCGAUAGAUGGAGUAAUGCUGAACUCUUAACUUUUCGAGGUUGCUAAGAAUGUGACUUAGAUGUGAAUCAAAAAUUAUUGAAGAAAUCCUAUAAUUCUAACAUGUCGGAUACAAAAACAAAAUCACUGGAAAAUACUGCGCCAGCAGCUACAAUUUCAACCGAAAAGAAAGCCAAGAAGAAAUCUAAGAAACCAAGAAAUUAUGAUCUAGGAAAUGGUGUUUAUAGAUUUAGCCGUUCACGCAUGUACCACAAAAAAGCCAUUUAUAAGUUUCUAGAUAAAAAAACACCUAAAAUCGUAAAACUUAAAAAACCAUUGACGAGCGAAAAAGAAAUAGGCGGUGAUAAGAAUGGAGAAAAACGAAUUGUUCUAUUAAAGAAAAGAAGGGCUAAUUAUCCUACAGCAGAUCCUAUUACAAAGAAGCAUGCCAAAAAAUGCUUCCGUGAACAUCGUCGAUAUUUAAGAUCUACUUUAGUUCCAGGAACUAUUUGCAUUUUGUUAGCUGGGUCUCACAAAGGGAAACGUGUUGUUUUCUUGAAACAGCUGAAAACUGGAUUACUGUUAGUUACAGGUCCAUUUCUGAUCAAUGGUUGUCCACUGCGUAGAAUAAAUCAGAAUUAUGUCAUAGCAACUUCUACACGCAUUGAUCUUUCUGGACUCAAAUUGCCAGAACACAUAAACGAUGAAUAUUUCAAAAGAAAACGUGAAAAACGAUUAAAAAAAGAGGAGGGUGAUAUUUUCAGUAAAAAGAUGGAUGAGUACAAACCAAGCAAUCAAAGAAAAUUGGAUCAGAAAACUUUAGACAAAUUUAUAAUAGAAAAAAUUAAAACAAAUCCAGACAAGAAAUUAUUAUUCACCUAUCUGUCAGCUAUGUUUGGUUUGCGAAGCAGUCAAUAUCCGCACAGAUUAAAAUUCUAAUAUACUGUUACAAUUAACUUGUAUGAUUUUAUGAGCUAAAUUAAAGAGAAUAACUUUA